AAGAAUAAGUAAAUUUCAUCUUUCAACACCAUAAUGGCGUCUGUUAAUGACAAUGUUUUAGUGUUUCGAAUGAAAUGAGUAUAUAAAAGUUGAAAUUGAGUUUAUCCGAAUACAAACAAUCAAAACAUUGAACACUAUGGAUGCAGUUAAAUCCUUCAAUCAAGAGCUUUCCGCUCUUUAUGAGGUUAAACCCCCUAUAUCUAAAGCCAAAAUGACUGCUUUAACUAGGGGAGCCAUCAAAGCCAUAAAAUUUUACAAACAUGUUGUUCAAAGUGUUGAGAAGUUUAUAUUGAAGUGUAAACCCGAAUACAAAGUGCCUGGACUAUAUGUAAUAGACUCUAUUGUGCGUCAGUCGAGACAUCAGUUUGGAUCCGAUAAGGAUGUGUUUGCACCCAGAUUUUCAAAGAAUAUGCAGCAAACUUUUGUCAAUCUCUUCAAAUGCCCUCCCGAAGAUAAGGAUAAAAUCAUAAGGGUCCUCAAUUUGUGGCAGAAAAACCAAGUAUUUCCUCCUGAAGUCAUUCAACCGCUCUUUGAUUUUGCCGAUCCAAACAACCCUGUCUACAAAGAAAUAGAUGCUUCAAUGCAACAACAAUCAAGUAAUGGGCUCAAUGCUUCAUCUGCAUCUAUCAUCAAAGGUUCCCCUGCUCUGCAACGAACACCAACCAAAGGAAUCCAACCAGGAUCAGACAGCGUCCAUGGAUCAACAAGUAGUUUGGUACCAAUCGUUCCAAGUUUAUUAUUAAAAUAAACAACUCACUUUUAUUAUAACAGGAGAAAAAAUUGACCAGACAUAUUCAGUGUGCUACAAAGAGGAUAUUGAACUCGUCAUCAGUCAGAUCAAUUCAUAAACUUUCAGAAAUAAUUUAUCUAUUUGGCGGUCUAAUCUUGGUCUAAUAAUUGGUUUAAUUUGAAUAUGGUGGAAGUUUAAGGAUCAGAAGAAUAGGACUCUGCCGAAUUCAAUUCAGUAUCAAUAUUUUGAUAUUCUCAGAUUAUACAUUUGAAAGAAUUGUCAAA